AUGAAUUUGGGAGAAUUAAGAACUGUUAAUCAAUCUCUAAAUAUUUAUUAAGAAGUUUAUAUUAUAGGACUAUAAAUUGUUUUAAUAUGUAAUAUUAAUAAUAAUAUUAUCGGUGGAGGAUUAUUUAUGUAUGUUUCAAUGUUAAAUGCAAAAAGAAAACAUUAAAAAUAGACAGGAGUAGAUCAGAAAUAAAAUAUAAAAUAAAGAUCAAAUAGUGCUAAACAAAAAGAGAAUGAGUAGUAUUUAUAAAAAGAAUAUUAUUAUUGGUGUAAGAGUUGCCCAUACAUCAUAAAUUGGUUAUCAUUGA